CGCAGGGGCAGAGAGAGAGAGAGAGAGAGGUUAAUCAAUGGCGGCCUCAGGAAGUGUUCCUCAUGUUAGAGUGGACUUGAGUUCUCUCAGCAACGCUCCCAAAGAGAAACUCCAUCUCUUACCGGUGAGGAUAGAGUGCGAUGGAGCUGCUAAAGUGUCCCAAUACUUCACACCCGCGAUUCGAAGGGAAGACGAGAGUGGAGGAGUAACCUCAUCGUUCCGUGGUCGCUGUCUCCAUGGAUUGGACCUUGACGUUCCCGAGGGAUACAUCGGGAUGGUCCUGAAGGAAGAAGCCAAGCCGUGCGCGGAGGACGAGGAACGAGUUGUCCGGGUUAAGUCGACGUUCUCUGCCCUGAUGUGGAACCUGGAAACUCCACCCAGGCCGGACGACAGCGCUGUCAAGGCGAUGAACUGGCCGACCGUUGCGGAGGCUGUUCACGCCCCGGUGUGAGACGGUUGGCGAAAGGCUGCCCCCCCCCCCCCCCCCCC